GCCGAUGUAUUCUAACAUCUUCUUAAAACAGCCCGGACGCAGGAACACCAAUCCGGAUGACUAGGGCCGAGAAGGGUCGUUAUUUAACGUCUUUAUCCUGAAAGGAGGGAUUUUUUAUGCCAAUUCUGCCGAGAGGACAGCUGAUGAAGCGCAUCUUACAGUGUUACAGGCCCUAGAGAAGGUUGAAAAGCAGUGGCUGUGAACUAAACAUGGCUGUGUGGCGACAGUUUGGGCUACUUCUCUGGAAAAACUAUCUCCAACAAAAGCGUCAAAUCUUGGUGACCCUGGUGGAGAUCACACUGCCUCUCCUGUUCUCUGCAAUCCUAAUUGUACUGCGUCAGAAGGUGUCCUUUACUAACUACCCCAAUGCCACAAAUUACGAUAGCUUCUCACUGGAAUGGCCUCCUGCCCAUCUGCCCUCAAAACUGCAACUUGCUUACGUGCCGGCAAAUUCCAGCAUAGUACGCCAAGUGGCUGAGGAUGUGCAGCUCAGCCUGGAACAGGGCUUCAUCAGUGCAGUGCGGGGGUUUGAGACUGAGCAUCAGUUUGAGGAGUUUGUGAAAACAGACCCUGAAUCAGCAAAGAUCCUAGCAGCAGUGGUGUUUGACCACUCUUUUACCCAAGAUGAUGAACCUCUUCCACUUCAGGUCAGAUAUCAUCUGCGCUUCACCUACAGCCCCCGAAAUGCUCCUCCAAAGGAAAAAUCAGAGCUGAAUCCAAACAAUGACCUUGACUGGCACACUCUCAACCUGUUCCCCCUCAUUCAGCUGCCUGGACCCCGAGAGCAGCAUGACACUCAAGGGGGAACUCCAGGUUAUUACCGUGAAGGAUUCCUAAUGAUCCAGCAUGCUGUGGACCGAGCCAUCAUGAAAGCCUACAACAGGACAGCAGCAACUGCCCUCUUCACUCAGACACGUGUCAUACUGUCACGCUUCCCGUACCCGGCUUUCAUCUAUGAUGUCUUUAUCCUGGCCAUCCAAAACCAGCUACCCCUCCUGCUUGUACUCAGCUUCACCUACACAUCUCUCAACAUUGUCAGAGCCAUAGUGCAGGAAAAGGAAAGAAAACUCAAGGAAUACAUGAGAAUGAUGGGCCUGAGCAACUGGCUACACUGGACUGCUUGGUUCUUCAUGUUCUUCAUUUUCCUCUCCAUCUCAAUCUUCUUUGUCACUGUGCUCUUCUGUGUCCAGGUGAGUCCAAACGGAGCAGUUCUGACGCAUAGUGACCCUACACUAGUCUUCGUCUUCCUCCUUGUAUUUACCGUGGCUACCAUCAGCUUCUGUUUCAUGAUCAGCUCAUUCUUCUCCAGAGCCAAUGUUGCAGCAGCAGCAAGUGGUUUCCUCUACUUCUUUAGCUACCUGCCAUACCUCUUUCUGUGGCCACGCUAUGACCUGCUUUCCCAUGCUCAGAAGGUGUCUGCCUGUCUCAUCUCCAAUGUGGCCAUGGCUAUGGGUGCCCAACUUAUUGGCAUGUUUGAAGGCAAAGGCAUAGGGAUCCAGUGGAGUAAUUUGUUUGAGCCUGUGACUGUGGAUGAUGACUUUUCACUGGCUCAGGUUCUUGGGCUUUUACUUCUCGACACUAUACUCUACAUCCUGGUGACUUGGUACAUUGAGGCAGUCUUUCCCGGCGAGUAUGGAGUACCACGGCCAUGGUACUUUUUCGUGUUGCCCUCAUACUGGUGCAACAGCCCUCGGGUUGCCCUGCUGAAGGAGAAGGAGGAAGAAGAGGAUGCAGAAAAAGCGCUGAAAGGUGAAUUCAUUGAAGAAGAGCCGACUGGAUUAGUCUCGGGGGUUAAAAUCAAGCACCUGGCCAAGGUUUUUAAAAUGGGCAAUAAGACUAAAGAAGCUGUGAAGGAUCUCACAUUAAAUAUGUUUGAAGGCCAGAUCACGGUGCUUCUAGGGCACAACGGAGCUGGAAAGACCACCACCCUGUCAAUACUGACUGGCUUGUUUCCUCCCAGCAGCGGCAGAGCUUACAUUAAUGGCUAUGAUAUAUGCCAGGAUAUGACACUGAUACGCCGCAGCUUAGGCCUUUGUCCACAGCAUGAUGUGCUUUUUGACAACCUCACAGUUCGGGAGCAUCUGCUUUUUUACGCCCAGCUGAAGGGCUACCCCCGUGAGAAGAUUCCAGAUGAGGUGGACCGCAUCAUCCGUAUUCUAAACCUGGAGGAUAAGAGGAGUGCACGGUCAAAGACCCUUUCAGGUGGAAUGAAACGCAAGCUUUCUAUCGGAAUUGCACUUAUUGGAGACUCAAAGGUGGUGAUGCUGGACGAGCCUACCUCUGGCAUGGACCCAUCAGCCAGACGGGCCACAUGGGAUUUGUUGCAGGGUGAGAAACGAGGUCGCACCAUCCUUCUUACCACACACUUCAUGGACGAGGCUGACCUACUGGGAGACCGCAUUGCUAUCAUGGCUGGUGGGGAACUCCAGUGCUGUGGCUCACCUCUCUUCCUCAAGAACAAAUACGGUGCUGGCUACCAUAUGGUGAUAGUAAAGGAUGCGUUGUGUAACGUGUCAGAGAUCAGCCGUCUGGUUCACAUGUACGUGCCCAAUGCCACCAUGGAGAGUAGUGCAGGGGCUGAACUUUCCUACAUCCUGCCAAAAGAGAGCACCAGUCGGUUCGAGCUUCUGUUUGCUGAGCUGGAAAUGAACAGAGAGGAGUUGGGCAUCGCGAGCUAUGGUGCUUCUGUUACCACCAUGGAGGAAGUUUUUCUUAGGGUUGGGAAGCUGGUGGACUCCAGUCUAGACAUUCAGGCCAUUCAGCUUCCAGCUCUGCAGUACCAGCAUGAGCGCAGGUCACAUGACUGGACAGUUGACGAUACUAGCAGUAUCAGCGGCAUGACUGAUGUAACAGACUUCACCGAUAGUGGCACAUUGAUCUCAGAAGACUGCUCCAACAUCAAACUCAACACAGGGGCUAAGCUCUACAUGCAGCAGUUCUACGCCAUGUUUCUAAAGAGGGCUCUGUAUAGCUGGCGGAACUGGAAGGUGAUGGUGGCACAGUUUUUAGUGCCACUUAUCUUCACAGCAGUUGCCCUUGUUGUGGCCCAAACACUCCCUAGGCAACACAAAACCCCAGAACUUCUCCUAGCACUUAACCGGUAUGGCCCCACCUCUGUGCCCAUUGCCCUGGAUUCUAAUGCUGGACCUCUGGUUACAGCACUUGCUGAAGCCUAUGCUGCCCAGCUUGCUGCACAGAGUGCCUCACCAGUGACCAAUCUAACUGACUUCACAGAGUAUGUAUUAAACAAUGCCAUAAGGGAAGGAGGAGCCUUCAAUGAGCGCUGUGUGGUGGGUGCUGCUUUUAGUGGUCGAACUAACAAGUUUGCUGAAAUCACUGGCUACUUCAACAACCAAGGCUACCACACACCGGCUACUGCACUCAUGAUGGUGGAUAAUGCACUCUACAGGCUCUUGGCUGGCCCAAAUGCUUCCAUCCAGACAGGAAACAAACCCAUGCCCCGCAACAUUUCUGAAACAGCCCAGAGCCAGCUCUCAGAGGGUCAAACUGGCUUUGCCAUAGCUAUUAACCUGAUGUAUGGAAUGGCAUCCUUGGCCAGCACCUUUGCCCUGCUCCUGGUGAUUGAGCGCUCUGUGAAGUCCAAGCAUGUACAGAGGGUCAGCGGUGUCUACCUCUCCAACUUCUGGUUCUCUGCCUUACUGUGGGACUUGAUCAACUUUGCGCUGCCUUGUCUUCUAAUGCUGGUGGUGUUUUCUGUAUUUGGGGUGAAGGCCUUUGUAACGAAAAAACACCUGGUGGAUGUGCUGCUUUUGUUGCUGCUCUAUGGCUGGGCUGUGAUUCCUCUCAUGUACUUGCUCAGCUUCCUUUUCACGAGUGCUGCCACUGCUUUCACACGCCUCACCAUCUUCAACAUAAUCAGCGGCACAGCUACGUUCCUUGCUGUCACCAUCAUGACCAUCCCUGAGUUGCAUCUGCAGAAUCUUUCACGUCUAAUGGAUAAAGUAUUUCUGCUAUUCCCAAACUACUGCUUGGGCAUGUCUUUUAGCCAAUUCUACCAAAAUUAUGAGACCAUCAGCUUCUGUACCACCAGCUUCCUCACCAAAGAAAUCUGCCAUUUAUACAACAUCACCUAUCAGCUGAACUACUUCUCUAUGGAUGAACCCGGAGUGGGCUCAUACCUGGUGGCCAUGUCCCUCCAGGGUGUGGUUUUCCUUGUCCUUCUUUUCAUCAUUGAGCUCCGGUGCAUCAACACACUCUUCAACCUCUGCCGGAGAUGCAAGAAGGGCAUGCAAGUUGGAGAAGAAGCCUUUCAGCCUGAGGAUAGAGAUGUAGCCGAUGAGAGAAAGAGGGUUUUAGAAUGCCAGCCUGUGGUGGAGUCCAUGGUUGGCAGUCCUCUCAUUCUGCAAGAACUUACUAAGGUAUACCCAGGAAGUCAGUCUCUGCUGGCAGUGGACCGCUUGUCCCUGGCUGUGGGGAAGGGUGAAUGCUUUGGACUUCUAGGAUUUAAUGGGGCUGGAAAGACAACUACAUUUAAAAUGCUGACUGGAGAUGAGACUGUGACUGCAGGGGAUGCCUUCAUCGAUGGCUAUAGUAUUCUCCAUGAUGUGAAGAAGGUACAGCAGCGAAUUGGCUACUGUCCUCAGUUUGAUGCUGUGCUGGAUCACAUGACUGGCCGUGAGACUCUCAGCAUGUAUGCAAGGCUCAGAGGAAUCCCAGAAAAAUAUGUGUUUGCAUGUGUAGAGAAUGUGCUCCGCUCGUUGCUCCUGGAGCCACAUGCUGACAAAAUGGUUCGAAGUUACAGUGGGGGCAACAAGAGGAAGUUGAGUGCAGGUAUGGCUCUGAUCGGUGGGCCGCCUGUCAUCUUCCUCGAUGAGCCGUCCACUGGCAUGGAUCCGGUGGCUAGACGCUUACUUUGGGAUGCAGUCACACGCACCAGAGAAUCUGGCAAAGCCAUCAUCAUCACCUCACACAGUAUGGAGGAGUGUGAGGCUUUGUGCACUAGACUGGCUGUGAUGGUCAAUGGGCAGUUCAAGUGUCUGGGCAGCCCACAGCAUCUAAAGAGCAAAUUUGGCAGUGGAUACACACUGUUAGCCAAAAUUCACAUGGAGGCUGAUUUAGAGGAGAUGGACCUUCAGCUCUUUAAAGACUUCAUUGAGAGCACCUUCCCUGGUAGCUUACUCAAGGAUGAACACCAGGGAAUGGUGCAUUAUCACUUGACUGACAAAACAUUAACCUGGGCUCAGGUUUUUGGGAUCCUUGAGGCAGCUAAAGAGAAAUAUUGCAUUGAGGACUAUUGCGUGAGUCAGAUCUCACUGGAGCAAGUUUUCCUGAGCUUUGCUCAGUUCCAGCACUGUUCAGAAGGCAGGAGAAAAUCAGACUAAUAGAAAGGGAGAUGAAGACUCCCGUAGUUUUCCUUUUUUAAGGCCUUUAUGUGGUGCAUCUUGGGCUGAACAAUUUUUCUCCAGAUGUUCAGGUCUCUGAAAAUAUCUUUUUCUUCCCCUUAAACCCCCUUAAAAAACACACACAGGUGCACUGGCAGUGUACUCCACUAAGCUCAGAUUUUGGAAGUGCUUUGAGGACUCUACUAAGCAUGCGUAGUGUUUAACUCUGCGCGUGUGUGUGUGCGCAAGAUGUGUGUUUGUGUUUUGAGGUUCUUCUACAUCUAUCACGGUCUGGAUUAUGUGUAAAUGUCUACAUAUUGAUGGAGCUGUUGGAGAUCUGGUGAUAGUUGUUUUUUUUAUCUUUGUUUUGCUUCAGUCCUACAUUUGACUGUAUGUAAUAUUUAAGCUGUCCUGCAAAAACUAGUCACCUAAAGAAUCAAAAUAAAUCUAUAAACAAUACCACAGCAUUCAUAUCUCUAAAAGCAAACACACAUAGCUAUAUGGCAAUACAUAACUGUAUUUUUUAAAGUUUUUUUUCUAUUUGAACUUGUUGCUAAUCCAUUCUUACGCACACAGUUCUGUUCCUAAUCACAUAACUUAUUUGCACUGGAAUCUCUCCUCCAAAGAAUUAGUUUAACCUGUUUGCCUCCAUGGUUUACAGAAGACAAAAUGAACUGUAUACAUUACAGAUUGCCUAUAUGCAUUGAUCCCCUUUCCAAAGUUACUGUUGAAAUAACCUCCAUUUUUCUGGGAAGGCUUUCUACUAGAUUCUGGAACAUUUAGCCACUAGAGCUUUAGUAAGGUUUGGUACUGAUGUUAGUUGAGGAGGCCUGGUGUGCGGACAAUGUUCCAGUUGAUCCUAAAGGUGUUCAGGUCAGGAAACUGUGGAGACCAUUUGAUUUCCUCCACUCCAACCCUUGCUUUGUAUACAGGGGCAUUGUCAUGCUGGAAUCUGUUUUGUUUCAGUGAAGAGAAAUCCUAAUGCUACAGAAUAUAAAGACAUUUUAGAUAGUUGUGUGCUUUAAACUUUGUGGCUACAGUUUAAGGAAGACCCACAUAUGGGUGUGAUGUCCAUAUAUAUAGCUAUAUAGUGUAGUAGUGACAGGACCCAAAAUGUAUUAGAAUAUACUAAGAACUGAAAUAAUGGAAUGAAGUACCUUCACUCUUCAGUCUACACGCAAAACAGCUGCUGCUUCAGGUGUCAAAGCUCUGUGUUAAAUUCUUAUCAGACUACUAGUAAAACACCACCUGUGUUGUGACUGUGCAGACUGGUGGCAAAAUAUUUACAUUUAAAUAUCAAACUGACAUAGCAUAUGUAAGAUGUUUUGUAUGUUGUAUAAAGAAUGGUACUUAGUCAUCCUGUUCACUAUUAAUUCUAACGGAAAAGUGACACUACUGUGUUAUAUGCAUGUACAACAUUUGCAAAGGUUCUUUUAAUAUACAAUGAUGAGUUAUUUUCAGUUCUGGGCAAAAAAUCUGAAUUACUGAAUUGAGCCAGUCCAUUUUAAAGAUUCUGUCAUUCUUUAAAAAAAAAAAAGGAUUUAUGAAAUAUGGUACUUGAGUAUCAAUAGUGCAAGCCUCUUCUGUCCACUCACUUAUGACUGCUACAUUCCUAAUAUCUUGACUAAUGUUGUGAGUCAUUCUGUGGUAUAGCUGAGUGAACCGUAUAUCAUAUGUUUGACCGGGUUGAUGGGUGUGUGUACUGUGUGUAUCCUCCAUCCACGCUACUGGUAUGGCAUAAAGGUCUAAUUGUAUAAAUUACUUGGUUUUUCAAAAGAUUUUUUACCUUUUUUUUAUGUUUUUAAUUUAUUUUCAUUUGUACUUUUGCACGGUAUAAUAGCUUUCACCUUUAAGCUGAUUGUCAACACUGACACUCAGGUUUUUUUUAUGAUUAUAACUGAUGAAUAUAGUGGUAAUAAUGUUUAAUGGAUAAAAGGGAAUUAAGAUCAUAUGUACUGUACCAUUGAUUAAUCUUGACUAAUAUGUAUUAAUUGCCAUUUCUUUUUUCUUUAUUUAUAUUUUUAAUAAAUUUACUUAAGAAUGGA